UCGGAUCUGUCCAGUUUUGCCAUGGUCUGUUUUGUCCGAUCCGAACGAGUCUCGCUGUAGGUCCCUGUGAGGACUAAAACUGUCUUAGAUUCUGGAGCUGGUUCUUACUCCUGUAAAUCGCAGUAUACAGAUUAGGUUCCCAGGGUCAUAGUUUUGUUUGUUUGUUCCAUAGUAGUCAGAACAUCAUGGCAGCUGCCCCACUUCGAAAGCCCGUGUUCACGAAGAUCGACCAGCUACGGCCAGGCACAUCUGGUCACAAUUUAACAGUCAAGGUCGUGAAUUCAAAGAUUGUUCUCCAGAGGCCCAGGCAAGAUGGGGGCCAGAUGCGGAGUAUGACGAUAGCUGAAUGCAUUGUAGGAGAUGAGACGGGGGUGAUUGUCUUCACUGCACGGAAUGAGCAAGUUGACGUGCUCAAGGAGGGAGCUACUGUAAAUCUCCGCAAUGCAAAGAUUGACAUGUUCCGUGGCUCCAUGCGCCUUGCUGUGGACAAGUGGGGUCGAGUGGAGCCCACAGAAGACGCUUCUUUUCGUCCUAAGGAAGACAAUAACCUCUCUCUUGUUGAAUACGAGCUGGUCAACGUUGUUGAUGAAUAGUGUCAACGGACAUAUUGUGAAGUGAACCCAGAAUUCUCCAAUGCGUCUUUUGUUUUUUGUCCAUCACUCUGGUUGGGGUUCAGGUAGCUGUUCUGCUAAUGGAGCAGCCAGCCUCCAUCAUGUCUUCCUGCAUAUACCAUACAUGUACCAGUACGGGCCUUGAUAUCAUGCUGUAGUUAGUGAAACCUGCAGGUGCAACCUCUCAGAGUAGAUAAGUUAACUAGAAUGAGGCAUACAGGUUGAUUUUGUUCAAGUGGUUGUACCCUACCCUCUAAGAGCAUGCACCUAUCUAGCCUGUUGGGCUGAGAAAAAGCCCUUCGGAUCUUUCAGAGACUAAGUCCCAGUUGUACCGUAUUCCCCCGUAUAAAACACCCUAGGGUGGUAACCAAAAUGCAUCUAAAUUUUGAGGAGGGUGUAAUUAGAG